AAUGGGAAGGCAUGGGAACAAGAGUGCCCGGGAUGGGCAUCGAGCACCAGCUGGGAAGGAGGGUAUAUAAGAAGCGGACUUCACUUGUAGAAUCGCAGUCGCGUUUUCGUUUAUCAUGAAGUCUCUGGUUCUGCUCGUGUUGGCCGGCGUGGUCGCUGGCAAAACCGGCCUGCUGUAUACAUACCAGUUCCCGGCCUUGAGGACUGCUAGUGUCCAGUACUCUGUUCCGGUCGUCCAGAAUGUUAUCCCAGCCACACAGUACGCUGCCACGGUAGCCCAGGUUUCCGCUCCGGUAGCCACCGUGGCCGCUCCAGCAGUCCAGUACUCCGUUCCCGUCGCCCAGUACACACAGGCUGCCGCCACCCAGUACACCAUUCCAGCAGCCACCCAGUAUACAAUCCCGGCAGCCACCCAAUACACGAUCCCAGCUGCUACCCAGUACGUUGCUCAGGUGGUACCCGCACCGGCUGCCACAGUGUACCACUCUGCGCCGCGUACCACUGUUGUGUCGUCCCCCAUCAUCGUUGAGACUGACGAUGACGAUGACGCCUUUGACGAUGACGAUGAUGACAACGUCGGUGGAGUCCUCUUCUAUAGCGCAGGUGACCACGACGACGAUCACUUCGAGAUUGAUGACGAUGACCGCAAGUAAGCGAUGAGAAGAGAUGACACACAUCUCGCUUAUCUCUCUCUCUCUCUCUCUCUCUCUCUCUCUCUCUCUCUCUCUCUCUCUCUCUCUCUCUCUCUCUCUCUCUCUUUCCCUCUCAGCUUGUGUCCUGUUCAGGGGCUAAGGUAGCUGAGGCUUCGUGGCCAUCAGCUGAAGUGUUUCGUAAAAAAUGUUGUGUUUCUAACGAUAUGGAAUAAUCAUGUUCUUAUAAAUCGUUAAUUCUGAAGUCCAGUGUGCUGGGGAGGCCUAUUAAAAAAAAGGUUUCUAUAACCCUUUAUCUUUCUCGCACGUUUCUGCACUGACAUCUAUUUUUGAAUGCACCCUUUCUUCAUAAUGAACUAUACCAUCAUUUGUCUUCAUCAGUGAGUUAACACUAAUAUAUAUAUAUUUGUGGAUGAUCUUUUAUGGAGUAAUGCACACAUAUUAUGAGAACAGAAAAGAAAUACAAUGUUUUUUUUUGC